UUAAAAAACGGUGGUAGCUAACGAAAAUGUCCAGAAAUAGCGAUGGCGCCACCACAACCACCAUCUCUUUGCUCCAAGACACGGAGGCAGCAGAGAAGAACAGCGGCGGAGAUAGGCCGAAAGAGCCAUGGAAAGGCGAACUUGUGAAGAGCAUAGUGUACUCCGGACUCGAUGCUAUCGUCACCUCAUUUUCUCUCAUUUCUUCCAUCUCCGCCGGCCGUUUAUCUUCCGUUGAUGUGUUGGUUUUGGGGUUUGCUAACCUGGUGGCCGAUGGGAUAUCAAUGGGGAUGGGAGACUAUGUUUCGAGUAACACAGAGCAUGACGUGGCGGCGAAGGAGAAACUCGUGACGGAAUGGGACGUCACUAACCGUCGCCGCCUUCAAGAACAAUCGUUACUUGAUCGGUAUCGAGCUCUAGGGAUGAACCAUGAAGAUGCAACAAUGGUUGUGGAAAUCUUUGCAAAGUAUAGCGACAUAAUGGUGGAGGAAAAGAUGGUCCAGAACGGAAUAUUAUCACCGGAGGAAGGGGAGAAGCCAUGGAAGACAGGCUUAGUAACUUUCGGAGCUUUUCUAUUGUUUGGUAGUGCUCCGAUCCUUGCAUUCAUCGUUCUCAUCCCGUUUACCCAAAACGACACCCUCAAGUUCAUCGGUGCAUGUGUUCUCUCCGCCCUCGCACUGGCGGCUCUCGGAAUCGCGAAGGCGAAGAUCGCCGGUCAGAAUUACGCGUUGUCGGUGGUGGGAACCCUUUUCAAUGGUGCAAUUGCUGGUUUUGCGGCUUAUAUAAUUGGGUGGGGACUAAGGAAUGUAGCUGGGUUAGAAGAAGAAUAGAUUAUGGAUGUAAGUAUGUAGUAACGAGUAACAACGUUUUGUUUCUAAUGGGCUCACUAGGGCCCAAUGGAUCUUAAAGCCCGGUAGAGUAUGUGGGCUAGCUGAUAGUUAAUGACUCAACGAUAUUAUUAGGGAAUGUAAACUUACUAAAGUGCCCCUAAGUGGCUUUGGUUUA